AUGCGGGGCGAGAACAUGGCCGUCAUGCACGAGGGUCCCAUAUGGAAGUCGGAGCGGAAGAUCGUGUCCCAAUUCUAUUCGCCAAAAAAUCUAGACACAACACUCAAAGCCGUGCAAGAAGCUGAGAUCGCCACGCUGAUGUACGACCUUCUGGAGAAGCCCGAGGACUUUACGCACAGUGUGAAGCGGGCAACCGCCUCAAUAGCGAGCAUCACCUUGUUCGGUCACCGCGCAACGGAUUGGGGAAGCUUUUGGGCAUAUAUAUCGAAAGCAGUUGCGCCAGGAAGUUACCUUCCAGUCGAUCAGUUCCCGAUUUUGAAGCUCAUCCCGGCUAGCUGGACAGCGUCCAGACGUCGCGGCAACGAGUGCUACGAAACCAUGACGAACGUAUGGAACGAGGCCUAUGAGCGCGUCAAGGUGCGCCGCAGCACUGGUGACAAACGGGUAUCUCUAUUAGACAGUAUCCUGGACGGGGAAAUCAGUUUUGAUGUACCACACUCGUACACUGCGCUGAACAAUUUCUUCGGGGCGAUCCAUCAAGGCGCUGCCGACACCACGGCAUCCGCUUCGCUCACCAGUAUUCUGUUUCUUGCAAAGCAUCCCCAGUUCCAGGAAAGGGCUCAAGUUGAGCUCGACCGUGUGUGUGGUUCUGAGAGGGUUCCCAAGUGGUCUGAUUUCAAAGACUUGCCAUACAUCAACUGCAUUGUCAAAGAGGGGUUGCGGAUAAGACCUGUUGCACCGACUGGCAUGCCCCACGUUGCCAAGAUCGAUUACUGGUACGACGGCAUGCUUAUCCCAGCUGGAAGCACCGUCUUCAUCCCUCCGUACGGUCUCAAUCACAGUAAAGACACGUCCCCUGACCCGGAAAACUACAGCCCAGACCACUAUCUCCGCGUGGCAGACAAGCUCGCGCCGGAGCUCGCCGCCUCGCCUAGGUACGCGGAACGCGACCACUAUUCGUACGGUGUUGGUCGCCGACUGUGCGUGGGUCUGCACUUGGCCGAGAGGUCGCAGUGGCGCAUCAUCGCGCAGAUUCUCUGGGCCUUCAGAAUCGAGCCAGCGAUCGGGGAGGACGGGAAGAUUAUUGAAGUGGACACGAGCUACGACGCGUAUGAGGAUGGUUUUGUACACAUGCCGAGGGAAUACAAGGUGCGGUUUGUGCCGAGGAGUGAGAAGCAUGCAGAGGUCUUGAGGCGGGAGUUCAGUGAGAUUGAAGGAUUCCUCAAGCAGUAUGAGUAG